CGACUUCCUGCAUCAAAAGGUUCUCUCAUUUAACUAUGCAGAUUCAUUGUUUGUAAUACGAAGUGGGUGCCACUUUUCUGCGAAAUCAUGGCAUCAAUAGCAGCAAAUUCUCAAGCAGCCAUGGCACCCAGGAUUGUCUCUUUGGCCAAUGCAGCGCAACAGCCUUAUGUAUCGGAGCUGCUCUCAUAUACUCUCGAUCGAUUGCACAAGGAGCCAGAGCUUCUUAGAGUCGAUGCAGAGCGCUUAAAGAGGCAAAUGCAAGAGGUGGCUGUUGGCCAUUACAGAGCAUUCAUUACUGCAGCUGAUGCAUUGCAGUCUGUUGGGGAAGAAGUAAGCUCAAUUGACAAGCAUUUGCAAUCAUUGAUAUCAGAAGCCCCAAAGCUGAGCAAUGGUUGUAAUGAAUUUAUGGACUCAGCUCAGCAGAUAUUAGAGAAGCGGAGGCUUAACCAUACACUUCUUGCAAAUCAUAAUGCACUACUUGACUUGCUCGAGAUUCCUCAGCUUAUGGAUACGUGUGUCCGAAAUGGAAAUUAUGAUGAGGCUCUUGAUUUGGAAGGAUUUGUAUCAAAGCUGGCAACCAUGCAUCCCAAAUUACCCGUCAUUCAAUCAUUGGCAGCGGAUGUUAAGCAGACUACACAAUCUAUGCUUUCUCAGCUUCUUCAAAGACUCAGAUCAAAUAUUCAGUUGCCAGAAUGUCUUCGGGUGAUUGGAUAUCUUCGACGUCUAGGAGUAUUUAAUGAACAGGAAAUGCGCUUACAGUUCUUGAGAUGCAGAGAGGCAUGGCUUAUGGGUAUUAUUGAUGAAUUGGACCAAGGAAAUGUGUCUGAAUUCUUAAAACGCAUGGCAGAUUGCCAUAGAGUACAUCUUUUUGAUGUUGUCACCCAGUAUCGGGCUAUAUUUGCUGAUGACACAUCUGGAAAUGAAGAAAAUUAUGAUGGUGGUCUACUUUUCAGUUGGGCCAUGCACAGGAUAACAUCACAUUUGAAUGUCCUCCAAAUCAUGUUACCAAAAAUAACUGAAGGAGCUGCAUUAGCCAAUAUUCUUGAUCAAUGCAUGUAUUGUGCAAUGAGCCUUGGAUGGGUUGGGUUAGAUUUCCGAGGUCUUCUUCCCGCGCUUUUUGAAGCGUCAAUGCACAAUUUAUUUGUGCGCAAUAUGGCUGCCACAAUUGAAAAUUUUCAGCUUGUGUUGGAUUCACAUCGUUGGGUACCACUUCCUCUUGUUAAAUUUGUUAACAGAGGUAAUACUGAUGAGACUGAUGAUGGUAUGGCUCCUCCUGACUCUUUGAUGGAGCAUCCACCUUUGGCAAUGUUUGUGAAUGGUGUAUUGGCAACACUCAAUGAAUUACGGUAUUGUGCACCAAUUAAUUUGAAAUCAGUAUUAGCAUUGGAGCUUGUACGCACAUUUCAGACUAUUUCAGAUUAUCUGGUGCUCUACAAUAGAACACGAAUACUGAGAGAGAGUGAGUCAACUCUAUUCCUGGCUAUGUGUCGGGCAUUCAUUGAGGUUGCAUGCCCCUACUGCAUACGCUGCUUCAGUCGUAGCUAUCCCGGUGGAGUUAACUCAACUGAAUUAAACAAAUCUCUAGAAGGGGUGUACAAUCUUGUUGGAAGUACUGCAUUGAGUCCUUCUCUAAGUCAUAGCAUCCUGAAUGAGACAUCGGGCACUCAAAUAUUGCCUUCAAAGCAUAAUAGCCUGGAUUCAAGAAAGCAGGCCUUGGAAGAUAAUCUUCGGGACCCUAACGUUCUCGAAAAUGGAGGAACAGCCAUGUCUGAGAAUGGGGAUCAAAUUUUGGUAGGCAGUUCUGGUGCAAAUGAUAGCAAACUUAGUAAUUCUGAACAAGUACAGAAUAUGAUUGACAAUGUUGAUGGUGAGUCCUCCACAGUGCCUUUGAGGCAAUCACGGACAAAUCUCCAAACAUAACUUUCUACAAUCUUGCUGCGAUCACUUGUUUAGCAAAAUGUACAUGAUUUUUGAACUCUAUUCUUUGUAUAUCUUACCCUGAUUCAGUUUAUAUAAAAUGUGUUCCUCCUGAAAUUGUAACCAUCAAGGAUAAUAUCCUGUCAAAGCUCAAUUUUUUUUUAGGGAAUCUUAGUUUAUUGUCAUUGAAUUCUUAUUCGCUAUUUGGCAAUAAGAGCAUUAAGGACAAGAAUAUACCAGAUAUUAAUGCGUUAGUCUCGGAUAUAACAUUAAAUUGUAAUAUCAAUGUUGAGCAACGAGUAAAAAACUUUUGAAAGAAGAUUCAAGUUUGAA